AUGCUUUCGAAGUUUUUUACUUUCUGCGCUCUUUUGAAACUAAUCGACUGCUCAAAACACGCACACCAUCGUCAAUUCUGCCCAGCCGUGACUGAAGAAUCUAAAUGGUGGAACGGGAAUCAAUGGUUAGAAUGCAUUGCUAUAAACAGUACCACGUGGACCGUCAUUCAAAAAAGAACGCUCUCGCAAGAAUCAAGUAUCAAUUUUAAUCAGAACUGGAAUGAGUACGUAACUGGAUUCGGAAACAAUCGAUCGCCUGUCAUUACGUUCAACUCGUCUCUUCAGUACUGGAUAGGACUGCGCCAAAUUUCAAAAAUGACCAAAUUUAGUACUUCGCUGAGACUCGAGCUUAUGUUAGAAAACGGAGUCUUAAAAUUCGCAGAGGAAAGAAGUUUCAUCAAAUAUAAACACAAAUUUACUCUCAAAUUUGUUUAA